CACGAUGUGGCUCUUCGAUCUGGUCCUGACCUCCCUCGCCACUUCCAUGGCUUGGGGGUACCCGUCCUUGCCACCUGUGGUGGACACUGUGCAAGGCAAAGUCCUGGGCAAGUAUGUCAGCUUAGAAGGAUUUGCACAGCCUGUGGCCGUCUUCCUGGGAGUCCCUUUUGCCAAGCCUCCUCUUGGACCACUGAGGUUUGCUCCACCACAGGCUGCAGAGCCAUGGAACUUCGUGAAGAAUACCACCUCAUACCCUCCUAUGUGCUCCCAGGACGCAGUGGGAAGUCAGGUGCUCUCAGAACUCUUUACCAACAGAAAGGACAACAUUCCUCUCAAGUUUUCUGAAGACUGCCUUUACCUCAAUAUUUACACUCCCGCUGACUUGACAAAGAACAGCAGGCUGCCGGUGAUGGUGUGGAUCCACGGAGGGGGUCUGGUGGUGGGCGGGGCAUCAACCUAUGAUGGGCUGGCCCUCUCUGCCCACGAAAACGUGGUGGUGGUGACAAUUCAGUACCGCCUGGGCAUCUGGGGAUUCUUCAGCACAGGGGAUGAACAUGGCCGCGGAAACUGGGGUCACUUGGACCAGUUGGCUGCACUUCGCUGGGUUCAGGAGAACAUUGCCAACUUUGGAGGGAAUCCAGGUUCUGUGACCAUCUUCGGAGAGUCGGCGGGAGGUGAAAGCGUGUCCGUUCUUGUGCUAUCUCCUCUGGCCAAGAACCUCUUCCAUCGGGCCAUCUCUGAGAGUGGUGUGGCCCUCACUGCUGCCUUGGUUAAGAAAGACAUGAAGGACACAGCUCAGCAAAUUGCUGUCUUUGCUGGGUGUAAAAGCACCACGUCGGCUGUCCUUGUUCAUUGCCUGCGCCAGAAGACGGAAGAUGAGCUCUUGGAGGUUUCACUGAAGUUGAAAUUUUUCACUCUUGAUUUAUUUGGAGACCCCAGAGAGAGCUAUCCUUUCCUGCCUACGGUGGUUGAUGGAGUGCUGCUGCCAAAGAUGCCCCAAGAGAUUCUGGCUGAAAAGAAAUUCAACUCUGUUCCCUACAUCAUCGGAAUCAACAAGCAGGAGUUUGGCUGGCUUCUUCCAAUGAUGAUGGGUUACCCACUCUCUGAAGACAAGCUGGACCAGAAGACGGCCUCGUCACUCUUGUGGAAGUCCUACCCCAUUGCUAACAUCCCUGAGGAACUGACUCCACUGGCUAGUGAGAAGUAUUUAGGAGGAACAGAUGACCCUGUCAAAAAGAAAGCCCUGUUCUUGGACAUGUUAGGAGAUGUGGUGUUUGGUGUCCCAUCCGUGACUGUAGCCCGUCACCACAGAGAUGCCGGAGCCCCCACCUACAUGUAUGAGUUCCAGUAUCAUCCAAGCUUCUCAUCGGACAUGAAACCCCAGACCGUGGUUGGGGACCACGGGGAUGAGCUCUUCUCAGUCUUCGGGGCCCCAUUUUUAAAAGGGGGUGCCUCAGAAGAGGAGAUAAGACUCAGCAAGAUGAUGAUGAAACUAUGGGCCAACUUCGCUCGGAGCGGGAACCCCAAUGGGGAAGGGCUGCCCUCUUGGCCCGCCUACGACCAGAAGGAAGGGUACCUGCAGAUUGGAAUCCCCACUCAGCCAGCCCAGAAGCUGAAAAGCAAGGAAAUGGCUUUCUGGACUGAGCUCCUGGCCAAGCGGGCAGCAGAAAAGCUGAGUCCCACAGAGCACGUCGAGCUGUGAAUGGGCGGCUGCCUGGCCUCGGGGCCUGGGGAGCCAGACAGGGCUAUUCUACAGAGGGUGUCUAUGAGCCAAAGAGGGAUCUUACUGUGGAGGUUGGGAUGGUCUGGUGGAGGAGGGAAGAGGUCUGGGAGAGGGAAUUGUGGCUUCAAUUUGGGGAAUAAAUGUUCUUUUGGAUCAA